CAGUUAUUCAGUAUAAAUAGCUGGCAUUAAAGACGUCUUCAUUUUAAUACAGUUCAGUAUUACUUUUUUUAAAUUGAAAGGAAGUAAAUAUGUCUCUAUGUCUGUUAACGGUCUUGGCAAUGGUCCUUGUGAAUUCAGUAUGGAUUACAAUCUGUGAAGAUAACAUAGAAGACGAGAGUGAAUAUUAUACUCCACAACAUGCUACAGGUUUUCCCUCAUCUAUACAAACUUUGCUAGAAAACCUUUUAGCUGGACAUUAUUUACAAGCACUCUGUGAUAUACUUCAUUUUCAAAGUACCAGUACAUGGACAAGGGACCUGCACAACAAAAUGCUAACAUACCUCCAAACCAAAGGCGCUCCAAUAAAUAGCACUGAGAAUGCCAUUCAACGGUAUUUGGAGAAUCUAAGGCAGCAGCCAGGAUUGUUGCUGACAAAGCUGCGAGAACUUGAUGAUCAAUAUUUCCAGCAGGCUAUGAAGCAUCUGUUGAGUGGCAGAAAGGAAACUAUUAUUCCAGAUAUUUCUGUUGAUUUUGAAUUAUUGAAGAAAGGGCUUCUGGAGACUCCUGGUGGAAAUCGGACCCUUUUCGCAAUUACCACUGAAAAAUGCAUUCCAUUACUUCAGUCUGUAGACUGUGUGGAAAUAUUAAGUCAAAUGUUGCGUAUAACCUCAGCUGGCUUUCUACAAGUAGGGACUAUCAUGAAAAUACCAGACAAUCUCCAUGGAGACAUAUUUAGAAACCUUUCUGUAGUGUUCAGGGAUGUGUAUGAUGUGAUGGCUGCCUCCACCCAAACGGCAGUAUACAAUUGGAUGGCCCGUGUCCUGAAGAAAUCGCACAGCAGAGGAGAAAAGGGAGGAGCCAUAUCUUGGGUUACUGCUGAAAAUCUGCUGUUUCUGGGAAGAUAUAUUGUUCAGCUUCCAGUUCAAGAAAUUCAGAAUAUUAAACUUCAUGAGAUGGAGUUGUUCAUUAGUUAUGACAGUGCAACUAAGCAGCUGGAUUCUGUAUAUGACAUCUCACCGGCUGUUGCAAGAGCUUUCCAAGAAAAGAUUGGCUUGACAAAAUUUGAUCUUAAAAACAUUUCAACUGUAUACAGGCUUGGUCUGCUGGUUUGCUUCUAUGACAACUUGCACCAUUUGGAUGCUUCUGCUGCCCAGCAUUUACUUAAUCAAAUGAUCAAAUGCAAUCAUCUCAGAAGUGUUAACGUGGACAUUCGCAAGUUAAAAUCUCAGCUACUGGAAGUUGUAAUUAAAAAUCAGAGCCUGAAUGAAAGCCUGCGCUACCUGUCUGAUGCUGUGGUAACCCUCACCUUUAGCCAGCUGGAAUCCUUAUCACCUUAUGCAGUACUGACAGCUGUUUCUGAGCUUCAGAAAGUGUCUGGUUGGUCAAAAAGCCAAAUUAUGAUUCUUGCUGAUAAGUACUACAGAAAUGCUGAGCUUACAUCAUUCUAUAACAUUAGCCAACUGGGAGCGCUGGUUUCAGGAAUCAGUAUUAACAUCUUUUACACCUUAAGUUUGGAUGAACUCUUUGACUUUGUGGAUGGACCGUUGUCAGAAUAUAUUUCAGAUCUAACACCUGCCCAACAACAUGCAGUAAUCAAGCAGAUCAUUGACAGUGGAGACAUUUUACUUGAAGAAAUUCCUGGGAAUUUAUUUAAAGAAGUAUCAUUAUCAAAUAUAGCCACACUGCAGACUGCUGAUGUUUCAUUCCUUAAAGAAAAAGAACUAAGAACAAGUCAGGCAUUGUUUUUAUGUGAAUUCCUGAUGGGAAAGGACAGCAUAACUGAACUUAUCAGCACAGGACAGUUGUCGAAAGGAGUGACUUGUGAAGAUAUCGAAAACAUGGACAAUGUCACGCUGACUGAGCUGUUCAAAAACACAUUUAAUUUACUAUCACUACAUCAGAUACGUUGCUUAGCUACAAAGAUGUGGAAAGAAUUCAAAGAAUCUGUACACCCUGCUCUCUUACUGAUGCUGCCUGCACACUAUUUCACUAAUGCUUCUUCGUUCACAUGUGAAACAUUUUUGAAUGGGAUAACAAAAGUUGAACUUGAUGGCUUGCUUAUAAAUGAGGACAGAAAAGCACAUGUUGUCGACAAAGCACUUCAUUGUUUGAGUAAUUCAUUUCCAGAUGUACAUGCUGUAGACUUACUUGGUAGCCUCAUCUGCCAUCUACCCCCCGGAAUUAUCCAGAAUCUGUCAAGUGAAGUGAUAUCAGCAGCAGUGCCACAGUUACGACUCUGCUGGAAUCUCAGCAAUGAGCAGAAAGUGCAAGUCCGAUAUAAACUCAUUGAAUUGUAUGGAAAUCCUCUGAAAUGGAACACUGAAAUAGUACAUGAUGUGGGACCACUUAUAACCCUGCUGUCCAGUGAUGAGAUUUCUGCACUUGCUGCAAAGUUUUUAGAUGAAGUACUGCAAAUUAUCCCAAAAGUUCCUGAACAGAAUCUUCCAAAACACUUCCUAGCAUCUUUAUUUGCUGUUAUCCAUAGCCCUCCUGCUAAUAUUCCACAGUCUAAACAGAAAAAAGACUGUAAUGGAAUCAGAGCUCCAUCUUCUGAUGAGAUAAGAAAGCUGUCUGAGGCAAACUGUUUUUGGACUGUUCAAGAAUUGAGCUGCAUUUCAGCAGAAACAUUUGUAAGAAAUGUGGACUAUCUUGGAAGUGUAGCAUGUUUCAGCAUAUCCCAGCUUACUGCUCUGAAGGAAAAAGCAAAACAGGUCUGGAGUGGCCUAUCUGAGUGGAAGAGUUACCAUAUUGUUGCUGCUGGAAGAAUUGUGCUGUCCCUUACAGAGGAUGAAAUUAAAGAGCUGAAUUUAAGUUCAGUAGAUAGUAUUUCUGCAUUUAGUCAACAGACUGAAUGGACAGUUCUCCAAGCCAAAGCCCUUUUACAAGAAUUCCUGAAAGAUUCUGGUCUACCAGUCAGUUCAUUGAAGAGUUCAGACCUGAUAGCCAUGGGAAUCAUUCUUUGCAGCCUUAACCCAUCACAAAUCUCCCUUUUAAAUAUUGUUGAAUACAGUACUGCUGCUGCCAGGAUCGGUUUCCUGUCAUGUGACAUGGAAAUUCUGCAAGAGCUCAAGAAAAAGGCUGAAACUGUUUUUGGAAAUGCCAUAAACUGGAAAAGUUACAUCUUACAAGAAGUUGGUAUGGUUGCAGCUGCCCUAAAUGUGUCUGAACUAAAAAGUAUCAACAGAAGCAUGAUGCCAUAUUUCCAGUCUAAAGCAAUAUCAGCCAUCCCACCAGCAAUAUUCAAGGAAUUAUCACCGGAGCAGAUAGCCAACAUGGGUCCUGAAAACGCAGCUGCUAUUACAAGAGCACAGCAAGAAAUGCUGAGCAAGGAACAGUUAUCAAGCCUACGGUUUGCAUUACAUGGUACUGAGGAAAGUGUCACUUCUAGCAGUAAUAGCUGGCUGACGGCAACAGACAAAAUAACUGUCGCCCCAAAAAUGACACAAAGGAAAUAUUUCUCUAAUCUUGCUCCAACUGUCACAACUGGUUUUCAGUUUCUUUCUGGAUAUUACCUAUGGAUAUGUGCUUUCUUCAUUGUGCAGAUAAUUACUGGACAAACUUCUGCAUGAAUUAAAACCCUAAAAGACAGACUUUUGCUGCAUAAUAGGUUAGAAUGGAAGAUAUCAUGGGCGCUUUCUUUUUUAUGCAUUUAACUAUACACAGGACUCUUUUUAACAGAUUUCUUGUUGUAUUGGCAUUCCCAAGUAGCAUGACAAUAAAGACAGAAAAGAAGGGAGGGACUCUAGAUGUAUUAAUAUAACUGAUAUGUUCAUUUUGUAUUAAAUUUGUAUUUAAUGUUCCAGAACAUUUCAAGACCCUCAGACUCAAAACUGAAGAAUGCUGAAGAUCAUAUGGAAAUGUAACUUAGAAAAACAUGGAUGUGCAAAUGACAUAUCUUUUUCAGAAUUCCCUUCUGCUGUGAAAAAAAAAUUUAGAUGAACAGUUACACCAAUAGGGGUAAAAUAAUUAGCAGAACACAGCAAAGGUCCAGUCACAGUAAAGUACAUUACUACUGCCAAAAGAAGCUUUCCAGACUUUUGAUUCUUUCUUUAUCUCAAGUGAUUUGCUACCGGGCAGCUGCCUUAUUAAGCAAAAAAUCAUCCUUUAUUAUGAAAGGUGUGUCCUGUCUACACUCUGAACGUCAAGAUCUGGAUUAGAUGCAACACCGCUGACAGCACAGUUCCAAAAGGGUUUCCGGUCUGAUAAUCGACUUAUGUUCAUGUAUAACCCAUAAACUGAUUGUGCCUUAUGUUCCUGAAUCUCAUUUCUAGAUGUUCUGUUCUUGUGUAGUAUAAAGAGUUAUAUAGAUCUGAUACAGAUUUUUGUAUGAGACAUGCUAAAUUGCUAAAGUGAGAACACUAGUAGCUGCAGUCAGUGUAGCAUUAUACCAAAAGCAAAAUAACAUGACCUUUACAUUUUGUAUGUAGUUUAUAGGCACGGUGUUGGAGAAAGGCCAUGAUACUGUAAUAAAUACCCAACAAUCUAAAUCACA